GGGCAUUCCGUAGAAGAAUAAGAACACACACGGCUUCUCUUAAUUGGUAACCUGCAAAAGCUAGAGAUGCAGACGGCCGUGCAACCAUGAACCAGCAGUAGAAUCGAAUCCGCUGUGUUGUCCAGUCAGGAAAGAGAAGAAUCGAAAACCAAUCAGAUUCUUGAGGUUAGAAAAGAGAAGCUGUAAUCAGGACUGGACGAUUAUCUCUUGACGGAUGGCAGCGUCGGCAAAAACUCUCGCGGUUCCGGAUCAGUCAAAUAAUGGCGACUGGACAGUUGUUUUACCUCGUCGUGGCAGGCAGAGGAAAACUUUUCCGAAGCUCAGAAAUCGAGAAGAUCAGCGGACUUGGUCGCCCACUGAUCAGGCUAAUGAUACAAUCAGAGAAUCGAAACUGUUGCAGAAGAUGGAAAUCUGUAUUAAGAAAGUUGAGAGCUCCCAAUUUUUUCGAACUCUUAUUGACGAGCUUGGAACAACGCCAGUCUUGGAAUCCUUAAAUAGGGCUUUGGCAUCCGAAUCAAAGAUGGAGAUGGUAAUCUAUGGCGUAGGAAGCAUAGAGAAUUACGAAAAUCCUCGAUUGCAGCUCAGUCUUGCAAUCUUGUUGAAGAGAAAAUUUAGUUGGAUUGGAAGUUUGGAGGUGUUCGAUCCAAUUCUUUCUGCAACCGAAUGUCGGGUAAUGGAAUCCUUUGGUUGUUCCGUUCUAUCAGUAAACGAGGAAGGACGGCGAUGUGCGCAGAAGGCAACAUUGUUCUUUAUGCCCCAUUGCGAGGCAGAGUUGUACAACAAUCUUUUACAGGAAAAUUGGACGGUGGAGCUGUUGAAUCACGUUGUGCUGUUUGGAAAUAGCUUUGAGAUCUAUGAACAGUUUGUAUCUGAAUUCAAAAGCUCACCCGUUGUUGAUUCAGCAAAGUACAUUUUAGCCUCAAGAAAGUUCACACGCGAGAUCAAAAUCAAGACACUUUCAGAUGAUUAUUUUGGUGCUUUCCAUGAUUCGAGUUGGCAUUUUUUCAGCCCUGUUUCACCGACGGAGCUGCAAUUCACAGAUCUUUGAAGAACAUUGUCUAGUGAUUGGAAAAACAGCCAGGUAAAUGCACUCUUAUAAUUAAUUGAACAUGGAUUUUGUUCUUUUCCAAAUAUAGGAAUGUUCAUCAUUUGUGCCAUGCUUGACUCACAUUCCAAUAUGGUGUUAGCCUUAUGAGGAUUUGAGAACCAUCUUUAGGUGUAUAUCCUAUUUCACUUGGCGGGGCCAAGGCAGUUGUUAGUCUAGCUAAGCAUCGACUAACAUCAAUUGACUAUACUUCAUCAAUUGUUUGAAUUGAAUAUCAUUGUAGAUCUUGAUUGUUGUGCUUUUAGGAUCAAAAUAGAAUUGAUUGUGUG